AUGCAAACGCCCAAGCGGGAUCCUGAAGAUUGGGCUGGAGCCCUGGGCAAAUGCUGGAAUUUAUGCUUGCUCAUGAUGCUUAUGAAAAUAUUGAGCCAGCUGGCGCAAGCAAUUCGUUUCUAUAUGGCCCUUGACACCGGUGGUAGCGCGAACAUCAAACUAAGAAGGGGUCGAAUCAAGAAGAUGAGGAGCAAAUUGCGAUACUACUACUACUUUAUGAUCCUCUUCGCGACUCUGGCCAUCUUCUGCGUUUUACUCGUCUUAGUUGGAGAACAAAUGUCAGCGCACGAAGACGUUGGGCAGCUCGAAGAUGUGCAUGUGUCCGGACGAGAUUUGCCGCCACAAAGCGACGAUCAUCAACCC